AUGUUUCUCAUUCUUCUCUUUCCAAACUGCAACCGGGAUAUAAUAUCUUUCUGUCUUUUCAUUUUUUUUUUCAUUGAUUCUUUCUUUCUUUCUUUUUAUUUCUUUCUGUCUUUACUUUUUCGUAGCUUUCUUUCUUCUUUUCAUUUCUUUCUUAUUACUUUCCUUUCUUUCUCUCUCUCUUUCUUUGUUUCUUUUUCUUUUUCUUUCUUUCUGUCUUUUCAUUUCUUUCUUUCAUUGAUUCUUUCUUUCUUUCUUUUUAUUUCCUUCUGUCUUUACUUUUUCGUAGCUUUCUUUCUUCUUUUCAUUCCUUUCUUAUUACUUUCCUUUCUUUCUCUCUUUCUUUAUUUUUCUUUCUUUCUGUUUUUUGAUUUCUUUCUUUCAUUGAUUCUUUCUUUCUUUCUUUCAUCUUUAUUUUUUAUUGCUCUAAAUAUUUUCACUUCUUCCUUUCUUCUUUAUAUGUCUUUCUUUCUUCUGUUCAUUUAUUUCUUCUUUUAUCUUUCUUUUCAUUUCUUUCAUUCUUUCUUUUUUCUUUCUUUCUUUUCAUUUCUUUCUUUCUUUUCCUUUCUUUCAUUUUUUCUUUUUCCUUUUAAUUUCUUUCACUAUUUCUUUUUCUAUCUGUUUCUUUUUCUUUCUUUCUUUCUUUCUUUCUUUCUUUCUUUCUUUCUUUCUUUCUUUCUUUCUUUCUAUUUCAUUCUUCUUUCUUUUCCCACUGCAACCCUAGUUGACAUUUCUUUAUUUUUCUUUUUUCUUUCUUUUUGCAUUUCGUUCUUUUUUUCUUUCUACUUUUUUUUGGUUUCGUUUCUUCCUUUUUCCGUUUCUUUCUUUCUUUCUUUCUUUCUUUCUUUCUUUCUUUCUCAUUUCGUUCUUUCUAAUUUCUUUCUUUUUCUUUCUUUCUUUCUUUCUUUCUUUCUUUCUCAUUUCGUUCUUUCUAAUUUCGUUCUUUCUUUCUUUUUUAUUUCUUCCUUGUUAGUUUCUUUCUUUCUUUUCUUUCUUUCUUUUCUUUCUUUCUUUUCAUUUCUUUCUUUUUUUCUUUUCUUUCUUUUCUUUUCUUUCUUUUUUCUCAUUUCGUUCUUUCUAAUUUCGUUCUUUCUUUCUUUUUUUUAUUUCUUCCUUGUUAGUUUCUUUUUCUUUCUUUCUUUCUUUUUUCUUUCUUUCUCAUUUCUUUUUUUUCUUUCUUUUCUUUCUUUCUUUCUUUCUUUCUCAUUUCGUUUUUCUAAUUUCGUUCUUUUUUUUUUUUUUAUUUCUUCCUUGUUAGUUUCUUUCUUUCUUUCUUUCUUUCUUUCUUUCUUUCUUUCUUUCUUUCUUCCACUUUCUUGGACUUUUUCUUUAGUUUUUCUUUCUUUCUUAUUUCUUUUUCUUUAUUUAUUUCUCUCAGUCUUUCCUUCGUUUCGUUUCAUUUCUUUCUUUCUUCCGUUUCCUUUCUUUCUUUCUUUUUCAUUCUUCUUUCUUUUCUUUCUUUCUGUCUUUCUUUUCGCGUUUUUUCUUUGUUUUUCUUUCUUUAUUACUCACAGUAUUUCUUUCUUUUUAAUUUUCUUUACUCUUUCUAUCUUUCUUUCUUUCUUUCUUUCUUUCUUUCUUUCUUUCUUUCUUCCCUCCUAUUUUAUUUUUUCUUCAUUUCUUUCUUUCUUUACUUCGUUUCGUUUCGUUUCAAUUCUUUCUUUCUUUCUUUCUUUCUUUCUUUCUUUCUUUCUUUUUUAA